UGCGCACUGCAGUACUAAGGGGGUUUGUUGCAGAAUGAAGCGGGUAUUUGCUUUGAGUGAGAAGGGCUUGCUUGGACAUCCCAUUCAGUAUGUCUGGCAGAAGACAUUAGGAAAUUACAUUGUGGUUACAGGAGCGGAUCAUGCAGUGAAAAUCUAUGACCGACAUGGCCAAAAGAAAGACGAAAUUAACUUACCCGGCUUGUGUUUGUCCAUGGACUGGGACAAAGAUGGGAAUGCUUUGGCUGUUGUCGCUGAGAAGUCUAGUUCCAUAUACAUGUGGGAUCCUAAUACAUGUAAAACCAGCCAGUUAGACAGUGGCAUGAGGGAUCAGAUGGCUUACCUUCUGUGGUCCAAGGCUGGCUCAUUGCUAGCUGUAGGGACAUCCAAAGGGAAUUUACUGAUUUAUAACUUGCAGACGUCUCGGAAGGUACCUGUGCUCGGUAAACACACUAAACGCAUCACCUGUGGGUGCUGGAGCUUUCAGAAUCUGCUUGCACUGGGUGGAGAUGAUAAAAUGAUCACUAUCAGCAAUCAGGAAGGAGACACAAUAAGACAGACCUCGGUGAGAAUGGAGCCAAGUGACAUCCAGUUCUCUGUAAUGAAGACAGAUGAACGAUCAUCACAAGGAGAGAGCACAGUAAGCGUUGUUGUUGGAAAGAAAACCUUGUUCCUCUUCAAUCUGAAUGAUCCAGACAAUCCCAUAGAACUGGCCUUUCAGCAGCGCUACGGAGCCAUUGUGUCCCACAAAUGGUAUGGUGAUGGUUACAUCAUGAUCGGCUUUUCUCUUGGCUUCUUUGUGGUGAUUUCCACACACAUGAGUGAGAUUGGUCAAGAGCUGUUCCAGGCAAGCAACCACAAGGACAAUCUAACUAGUAUUGCCAUUUCUCAGUCAUUGAACAAAGCUGCAUCAUGUGGCGACAACAAUAUCAAAAUCCAUGACUUAAGUGAACUGAAAGAAAUGUAUGCGAUCAUCACUCUGGAUGAUGAAACUAAAGGUUUAGAUCGGCUUUCUUGGACAGAUGAUGGACAGUUGUUGGCAGUGUCCACUCAGCGAGGGUCUCUCAGUGUCUUCUUAACCAAACUUCCUAUCUUGGGAGAUACGAGUGGUACCAAGAUUGCCUAUCUCACAUCUCUGCUGGAGGUCACUGUGUGCAAUCUGGUAGAAGGGGAGCUGCCGAUCACAGUUUCUGUUGAGGUGGAGCCUAACUUCGUGGCUGUGGGUCCCUAUCAUGUUGCUGUUGGAAUGAACAACCGGGCCUGGUUCUAUGCUCUGACCGAGAACGGUAUGAAGAAGCUGAAGGACAUGGAAUACUUGGGGACUAUUGCAAGCAUGAACCUAAAUUCUGAUUAUGCUGCUGCCUUGUUUGAGGGUAAAGUGCAGCUUCAUAUGAUUGAGGGUGAAUCUCUAGAAGCUCAGGAAGAGCGGGAGACUCGUCUGUUCCCAUCUGCUGAUGAGAAGUAUCGGAUACUGUGCCAUUCAUUGACUGGAGAUUUCCUUAUCUAUGGAACAAAUACUGGGUUUGUAAAGUAUUUUUACCUGGAAGACUGGCAAUAUGUCAAUGAAUACCGACACCCAGUCAGUGUACGAAAGAUCUUUCCUGACACAUCUGGAACAAGAUUAGUUUUAAUCGAUGAGAAGACUGAAGGCUUUGUGUAUUGCCCACAAAAUGAUAAUUUGUACGAGAUUCCAAACUUUUCCCCAACCAUCAAAGGCAUUCUUUGGGAAAACUGGGCAGUGGAUAAAGGGGUCUUCUGUGCCUUUGAUGAUGACAAGGUGUUUACAUACGUCUUUCACAAGGACACCAUACAAGGCUCCAAGGUUAUCCUGGCCGGAGGGACCAAGCUACCUUAUGGCCAUAAACCAGUUCUCUUGCACAACGGAGAGCUGACCAGUCAGACUCAGAGCGGAAUGCUGAAUAAUAUCUAUUUAAGUACGCACAAUUUCCUGAACAAUAUUAAGGAUGCAGAGCCCAAAGAGCUGAAAAAGAUGCUAACACAGACUUUAAUGCUGAGAAGGUUUUUGGAUUCCUGGGAAAUCUGCAGUUCGUUGAAUUUAGAGGACAGCUGGAAUGAGCUUGCUCGGGCCUGUCUGCACCACAUGGAGGUGGAAUUUGCAAUACGCGUAUAUAGGAUGAUUGGGAAUGUGGGCAUGGUGAUGUCACUAGAACAGAUAAAGGGAAUUGAGGAUCACAAUCUCCUGGCUGGCCAUCUUGCCAUGUUCACUAAUGACUUCAACUUAGCACAGGACCUGUACCUAGCUUCCAGCAGUCCUAUAUGUGCACUUGAAGUCAGACGAGACUUGCAGCAUUGGGAUAGUGCCCUACAACUUGCAAAACGCCUGGCUCCCAACCAGAUACCCUUCAUAUCAAAAGAAUACGCCAUACAGCUGGAAUUCACAGGUGACUAUGUCAAUGCACUUGCACAUUAUGAGAAAGGAAUGACUGGAGACAGCAAGGUAUGUUUUUCCUCCACCAGCCGGUUGCUUAAGAAAGACUGUGGAGCCAUUCUGGAAAGUAUGAAGCAAUUCUCAGAAGCAGCCCAGCUAUAUGAGAAGGGCCAAUACUAUGACAAAGCAGCCUCUGUGUACAUCCGCUGUAAAAACUGGGCAAAGGUUGGAGAGCUUCUUCCUAAUGUCACUUCUCCCAAGAUCCAUUUACAGUAUGCAAAAGCAAAGGAGGCUGAUGGAAAAUACAAAGAGGCUGCUUUGGCUUAUGAGAAUGCCAAGGACUGGGAUAAUGUCAUCCGCAUCUACCUGGACCACCUAAACAAUCCUGAAAGAGCUGUUGCCAUUGUUAAAGAGACGCAGUCAUUGGAGGGAGCCAAGAUGGUAGCCAGGUUCUUUCUCCGUCUUGGAGAUUAUGGAUCAGCAAUCCAGUUCCUUGUUCUGUCUAAGUGCAACAACGAAGCGUUCCAGCUUGCCCAGCAGCACAACCAGAUGGAAAUCUAUGCUGAUGUUAUAGGAUCUGAGAACACCAGUAAUGAAGAUUAUCAGAGUAUCGCCCUGUACUUUGAGGGGGAAAAGAAGCACUUUCAAGCUGGGAAGUUCUUCCUGCUUUGUGGGCAGCAUGCAAGGGCACUGAAACACUUCCUAAAAUGCUCAUCUGCAGAUGAGAACACAGCUAUAGAAAUGGCAAUCGAGACGGUUGGACAGGCCAAAGAUGAGCUCCUGACUACUCAGCUGAUAGACUAUCUGAUGGGGGAGAGCGAUGGCAUGCCUAAGGAUGCAAAGUACUUGUUCCGCUUAUACAUGGCUCUGAAGCAGUACAGAGAGGCGGCCCGUACUGCAAUCAUUAUCGCAAGGGAGGAACAGUCUGCAGGUAACUACCGGAAUGCACAUGACGUUCUCUUCAGUAUGUAUAUGGAACUGAAAACACAGAAAAUUAAGAUUCCAGCAGAAAUGGCUACAAAUCUAAUGAUACUUCAUAGCUACAUCCUGGUUAAGAUCCAUGUUAAACGUGGCGACCACAUGAAAGGAGCCCGAAUGCUCAUACGUGUUGCCAACAACAUCAGUAAAUUUCCUUCCCACAUAGUCCCGAUCUUGACAUCCACAGUGAUUGAGUGUCACAGAGCUGGUCUGAAAAACUCUGCCUUCAGUUUUGCAGCGAUGUUGAUGCGGCCAGAGUAUCGCAACAAAAUAGACGUCAAAUACAAGAAAAAGAUUGAGGCCAUGGUCAGGCGUCCAGACACGUCCGAGGUGGAAGAAGAGAGCACUCCCUGUCCAUUUUGUGAGUUCAAACUCCCCGAGUGUGAACUUCUCUGCCCUGGCUGCAAGAAUAACCUGCCAUACUGUAUAGUAACUGGCCGGCACAUGGUGAAAGAUGAUUGGUGUGUCUGUCCCCAUUGCGAAUUUCCAGCCCUCUGUUCAGAGUAUAAAACACUGCUGGAAUCAGAAAGCAUCUGUCCCAUGUGUUCAGAAAAAGUAACAGCCGGCCAACUAAAGAAGGUGCCUGACUGCUCUGUGUAUCUGAGACAGGAGCAGGAAGAUCAGUAGCACAUGGAUUAUGUCUGGCUUUUUGGCUUCUG